ACUGAAGUUCGAGGCCGACCAGAUGGAGAGGAUUUUCAGGUUUGCAGCGGAGCGUGGACUUGAUGUGCCCCGGGCCGGUGCAGCGACGGGAGGAGAGGCGGUGCAGCGGCCGCGGGAGGUGGGGGGGGGGCAGAGAGAUUGGGCAUGGUGAGCCCGACCAGCCAUUGGGGGGUAGAGGCGGUGGCAUCCAGGGGGACGUGAUCAUCGAUGAUCGUGAGGCACGUGGCACGGCCCGAGAGGGAUUCCCUGGACACGAGGAUCAGCCCGAGUUCGAUCCAUUGAUGGGGGAGAGGAUCGUGGACUGGCAACGGCAAGGGGGCAAGGGGCAACAACCUCCUGGGCAGGAACUGACAGGGGAGGGUUCUUCCAAGAGGAAGGAAGGGGGGGCUGUUCCGGCUAGCACUCAAGCUGGAAAGAGGCUUAGACAACAGAAGGUGGAUGAGGUGUACGGUGGCGAGUGGGUUGCUCGCCACAAGAAGACCUUCCUUCACUGGCUUUAUUCCAGCGGGGUUUCCUUCAAUGCCUUCCGCAAUGACGCAUGGAGGACAUAUCAGCAGGUGCUUCUUCAGCAGCCUGGCAGUUCGCCACGCGCUGUGCUCCCUAGCCACAGCGAGAUUGCGAGCAUGCAGGCAGUGGAGAGGCACCGUGCGGAGUUGGCCGAGGAGUUGGAGGAGGUGAGGCAGACAUUUUGGGUGACUGGCGCCACCAUCCUCUCAGACAGGAGGAAAUCACGAGACGGGAGACCGAUCGUUAAUUUCCUCGCCACAGGGUCUCGAGGGGUUGUCAUGUACACGACGAUCAAUCGAGAGGGGGAGCCGGACGAUGCUGUGCACGUCCUUUGGAGAUGGGUGACCAUUUUCCAUGAGUUCAGGUUCGGCGGGCCGCAACGGGUCAAUGCGAUAUGCACUGACUCCGCGUCAGCGUACGUUGGGGCUGCCAGGGCUCUGACCUCGGAGACCAUGCCUGCAGCAUUGAGGAGGAUCACUUGGCUCCCAUGCUCGGUCCAUGUCUGCAACAAAUUGUUGUCAGACAUGGGGACGAGUUGCGACGCGUUUGUUGAUACUAUCACACGCGCUCGUGUGCUGGUGGUGUUUUUCAAAACCCACCAGACGGCCCUUCAUUUUUUUAGGAAGCGCAGCCCCAACCUCGGUCUUGUUCUUUCAUGCGAGACGCGGUUUGCAUCUGUGUACUCCAUGUUGGAGAGGCUCAUGGCCCUGCAGGACACUUUGCAGGACAUGAUGCGAGGGGAUGACGCACGGGUUUUUGCCUCCAUCCCGUGGUCUGUUGAUGUUUGCUACAUGGCGCGUUGGGUGCGCCGACAGAUCAGAUGGGAUCCUUGGUGGCAGAGGGUGGCCGCCAUCGUCCAUAUCAUGGAGCCCGUGAUGCAGUUGCUCCGACGGAUGGAUCGUGGAGGGCAGUUCAUGUCGCUCGUGCUCGAGUGGGCACAGGCUCUUGUGAAGCGGGUGAAGGAGGCAUGCACUCCUUUGGGGUCCUCGAUCGCAGACCGGAUCAUCAAGCGUGUGCAGGCACACUCCCAGCACAUGCUAGAGCCGGCCCACUGCGUUUGGUUCUUACUGAGCCCCCGCAGGCGACAUGUUCGAUAUUUUUCCGGCGAGGUGCAAGAGUACCAUGCUUGGCUUGUGAGACAAGCCAAGAGGUACAUUCUGACGCAGACGGGUUUCGAUUUGGAGGGUGCGGAGUGCCUCCUUGCCUGCCGGCAGUUCGAGGACUUCCACAUGCAGCAGGGCAGGUUUGGUGAUUGGGGAGGGGCGGAGGGGCGUGCUCGUGGGCGCGCGUGUGGCGGUGACACCGAGACGAUCGAGUGCGCGUCUUGGUGGUCCCAGUACGGGGCCCGCGCCCCUGAGUUGCAGUGGUGCGCUCUUCGUGUGAUGCAUAUGUGGUCUUGCGUCUCUCCAGCGGAGAGGAACUGGGCAGUCCACGAGGGCAUCCACACGAAGAAGCGCAACAGGUUGGCCUUUGAGAAGGUCGUGCAGCUCGUUGAGAUCACCGCAAAUGUGCGGUUGACAGAAUAUCGGCGGGCAGGAUGCGGUUACAUGUUGCCAUGGCAGCGUGACGAGGGGAUGUUGGACUGCCAGGCAGGACUGGAGCUUGAGCCGGUGCGCACGGGCACGCGCCAGGGGAUGACGGCGACGGAGAUUGCAGAGCAGGUUGCGCUUCUUACGCGCGAUCCCAUCGGGUCUUCCACACCGCCAUCCGCUGAUGCUGUUUUUGAGAGACGUGCUUGCAUUUUCCAUCCGUACCCCAGGGACGAUGACUCGGAUGAGGAGCCCGCACCCGAGGGAUCAAAUGACCCUGCCCUGCCCAUCCCGAGCGAGAUCGACGAGACGCAUGAGGAGGCCAAUGAUGUCGAGGUGAGGACAUACACGGCUCGGCGGCCAGCGGACCGGGCAGAGGAGGAGAUGCAGGGGGGGGGCGAGGAUUUAUGGGGCCCUUUCGGGGAGGUGGCUUCCACGGGUGAUGCGCGUGCUGACAGAGGCGGGGCCUCUCAUGCCGACAUGAGCCGUGCAGAGGCGGGGAGACCGACUCCUGCUCCUAUAUGUGCGUAUCUCUUCCUGAAGAAACGGGAGACGAUUUUGGUGGAGUUCGAGAAGCAGGGAAUGGAUGCUGCGUUGUGCGACGGGAGCAGUAAGCUCGUCGAUGACGCCUCGUUGUUUAAGGAUUGCCCGCCGUAUAUGGGGUGCGAGGACGACAAGACGAUUAAGGCGACGGAAAAAAUCGUCCUCAACAAGAAGUUGUCUGCCGAUUGGAAGAACAAGGUCCUCUCCGUGUUGACCGGAAGUAGGACGAAGAGUAUGGAGGUCGUGCUUGCCGAAGGCAUUGUGCACGUUCUGUGGAAAGACUCGGGGGACAUGACAUCCAUCGCCCCGUUCGGCGUUGACCCUCCGGAGGUGCAGAUGAGGGUCAUGGAGUUGGAGAAAGCGGUUGGGACCACCAAAUGCCACACGUGCGUUCUCGAUCUGUGCGAGCUGGUGGACUUCAAACAGUGGAAGCCGAAAGCUUUCGAGAGUUCGAAUUCCGUCCAAGAGCAAUUGUUUCCGUCACACUGGACGGUCAUCGCUUUCAUCCCUCCGCGGUGGGACUACUCCUUCAUGACCAGCCUGCGCCGUCUGCCCGUUGUCAAGGCAAUGGCAGGGAAGUGGGUCAAGAAGGCACAACAGAAGAAAAGUUUUUCAGUCGGGAACAACUUGUACUCGGCUAACUUGAACGACCACAUGUACAUUCUCUUCAAAGGUGACGAUUUGCAGGAGAAUACUUCUGUCAUUUACGAUGGUAGGUUAUCGGCAGGUGACGCUGCGGCUGUUGGGGCACAUUAGAAACUGACCCCGACAGAUAUAUCAGAGAUUCCCUUCGACCCUUGCGAGU